CAAUGGAUUAAAAAGACCCAGAUUCGUGACUGCUGAUCCAUGAAUACAAUUUAAUCGAGCCCAUACAAAUAACAGGGAAAAAAGAAAAACUUUCUCUUUUUUUUUCUUCUUUAAACGCGAAACUUAUAUUUUAUCUAACCCAAACCACUAUUACAACCACCCCCACUUUUAUUUUACUAUUUUUAUAUAAAAUCCUCCCUUCCCCUUCUCUCUUUUAAUAUAUUAUGACAACCAACAAUGAUAUGAAUAGCCCUGAACUACAGCUCUCUGUUAACGACCUUGUAUAUCCAACUGAAAAAGCAGAAAUAUUAUUAGAAACAUUAUCGAAUGAACAGCUUAGUUUACUUGAAGAAGCAGUCAAUAAGAUAAAGGCAAAGAAAUUGAACGAAGAAAAAAAUAAAUCACAAGAGCAGACGAUGUCAACAAACCCAAACAAUAACAGCAGUAAUAAGUCAUCCUAUUUAUCCAUUCACGAGCCAACAACAGAAUUGCGUGAUGGCGUUGAAUGGGUCAGUUUCGUAUACUCCCAUCAUCGUACAUUACGUAAAUAUUGUAUAAGAACAGAUCUCGAUAAAGUGGAUAUCGGCACACUGGACGAAAAGUUUAAAAAAGAGAACUGCGUGUAUCCACGAGCUAAUCUUCCAAGAGAAGUAUAUCAAGGCAACAGAUGGACGUAUGAAACUGAGUGUAACGUCCUUGGAUGGAAACUUGCUUAUCUAAAUAUGGAAGAACUAGCCGGCAAACGAGGACUUAUUCAGCGUGCAGUCGAUUCAUAUAGAAACAGAUAUCCUAGUAUGCGGUCCAGACGUGUAGCCAGACAGGAGAAGUUACUGAAAGGAACACUACGCAAACGUAAACACCGUGAGGAUGAAGACACACCUCCUGGAAAAUCAAUGAAAUGUUCAUCCGAUAAUGAUAAAAUACCCAAAACGCUCCUCAUUGAAGAAAAGAAUGGAAAUAAAUGUCGCAUUCGCAUCAAUAUUGAAUCAGUUCUCUUGGAUGCUGUUGAUAUGGAAUUCAGAAAGAAUAACUGUGUGUUUCCUAGAGCAAUGGCGAUUGCACCCGAUACACCCAAUUUGAGUCAAAGACGGAUAGAUGAAAUAAAGUGCAAUGAGAUUGGUUGGAAACUUGCCUGGUUAAACCCUCGGCAAUUGGCGAAUAGGAAAAAUUUACUGCAGCGUGCACUGGAUAUGUAUAGAUAUCAAUUCACUACAGACCUGAAGCCUCGUAAAUUUGCACCACGCCAGCCUCCAUCAUUCGCACCCGCAGAACCUGAACCAUCAACAACAGACCAAAAGGUAGUGCUAUUGACUGAAAAGGUUUUGGAAGAGAAACAAAAAGAAUUUGAUGCUCAAAGCAAGCAGCGACGAGAUUCUUGUUAUUCGGGAACAACCGUGACCCUUGACUUUCACGAUUACUGUUUUUCUCCAGCUGCUGAAGAUGACGAUUGUAACCUGAGCGUCACUAAAGACACAGAGGAAGGUAGCUCCACUGCUCAUGAUGAAUAUCCAUCAAACAUGUUGCAGGACUUUAUCCUGGCCCCACCACUUUCUGAUCAACAGCGAGAGCUGGAUAGUUUAAGCGAGGGAAGUGGUAGUCAAAACUUCUCCUAUCAAAGCACACCAAGUCCGGAAGCGCUCAUGCAGCUGACUGACUUUUAUCAGCAGGCUUUAUUAUCGGCUGCCCUAUUUGACCCUGGUCAGUCGUUGAUGAAACAAGAAGACAAGUCAGUAGAAGCAGACUUACUAGAAAAAUAUGGAAAAGCAAACUCACUUAUGGAUAAUCUUACCGCCAAUCCUUCAUUACUCAAUAAGUUGUAUUAAAUCAGAGUUUGUAUUUUACAGUGCAUUUUUUCAGAAAUUACUCGCACAUAUUACAAGAUCAAUAACAAUUAAUAUUUUAGUUGAUUUUCUAUGUCUUCU